AUGGACUGCGCCGUAGGCGGAGACCCCGUGGAGGACUUCCUCCUCGGCGGGGCCGGCGACGACGGGGAUCUCGCCAUCUUCUGCGACGGAGGCAGACAUGGGAUUGAGGGUGUCAAUGGAGAUGCUUGUGGAUUUGAGCAAGCUAAUUUGGGGAAAAGGGGUAGAGAUGAACCAUCUUCAUCUGGUCCAAAAUCCAAAGCUUGUCGUGAAAAAAUGAGGAGGGACAAGCUGAAUGACAGGUUCCUGGAAUUAAGUUCAGUUAUGAAUCCUGGUAAACAAGCAAAGUUGGAUAAAGCAAACAUCUUGAGUGAUGCAGCCCGUAUGGUGGCACAACUUAGAGGUGAGGCAGAAAAGCUUAAAGAAUCAAAUGAGAAGCUGCGGGAGAAUAUCAAGGACCUGAAGGAGGAGAAAAAUGAGCUCCGUGAAGAGAAAGUGAGACUGAAGGUAGAAAAGGAUAGGCUGGAACAGCAAGUCAAAGCUAUGAGUGUAGCUCCUACAGGAUAUGUUCCCCAUCUCCCUCAUCCAGCUUCAUACCAUCCCGCUGCUUUUACUCCAUUUGUGCCGCCACAGCAAGCUCCAGCCAACAAAAGUGCUCCGAUCCCUGCACCAUUCCCUGGGAUGGCAAUGUGGCAGUGGUUGCCUCCAACCAUCGUGGACACAACUCAAGAUCCAAAGCUCUGGCCGCCAAAUGCUUAG